AUGCCUUCGUCCGAAUCGGGUCACGUGAUCCGACCCGGUCGGGUCCAAGCCACGACGGCGGCGUACCCGCCGCCGAAGUUGUCGGAGCCAUUACCGUGCCCCCGCUUUCCUGGACUCGGACCUGGACCCGGUGACGUGGCGGUGGAGGCGAAAGACGGAGAUUUCGUCUCAGGGUAUGGAAGCUUCGCGUCUCUGUUGAGUGGGCAAAGCAACGACGGGACGUUUUUGGCGUUGGGGAGCGGAACCGGGCUCGGGCACGGGUUCGGAUACGGGUUUGAGGAAAUGGGUAUUGGGUAUCCGGGUUAUUUCGGGGGCGGAGGACCAACGGUUCCGGCGACGGUUGGUAGCAGCGGCGGAGACACGUGGCAGGUGGGUGAGAUGGAAGUUAACGGUGGGGACAGUUUCGUGUGGCCUGGUCUUGAGAUCUCCAUGCACGGCAACAAUGUCAAGUGA